GAAACAGUAGCCAAUCAGAGAGUCUGUUGCUCUAGAGUCCGUUCGUUUGAAACGGCAAAGCAAGCAUUUUCAAACUGACGGAAAACUACUCCAGAGAAGUGUGGUAGCCUGCAUAGAAAUUCAAUAAAACAGUAUACUUUUGUCUAGAUGUCCUCAGACGAAGAGGAACCGACCAGUCCUGUUCUGCCCAGGGACUCUGAUCGCGGCAGCUCAGUCUCCUCUGAGCUCCAGGAUGAGUAUGAGGAGCUUCUCCGCUAUGCCGUGGUCACCCCUAAGUUUGAGACACUGACCAGCGCACACUUGAAGCAUCUGAACACCUCAUAUCUGUCUGCAGAUGGUCGGACUUCACAUAGAAAAGAUGACAUCGAAUCACAGCGCCCAGCAGAUACUGCCACUGAAGCUAUAGAUGGGAGGCAUUCUAGCAGGAGCUUUAGAUCACAGGCCUCCCCCUUGAUUGUUGAGCCCUCCACACACUCAAGAGCAUCUCAUGCUGAGGAGAUGGCAGGUCGAUCAUAUAGCAGGGCCUCUGUACUCUCACACACACUCUCAGACAGGUUACCCACGACACCUCAAAGGUCUAGGUCAAACAGCCCAGAUCCUCUUGAGUCUGCUGUGACAGAGAUGUUUAUCUCAGAUGAGAACAUAAGCAGGAUGGAGAACAUUCUGGACACAUGGAGCAUCAACCUGAAGUCAAAUGUACUGAAUGAGCUCAGGAAGUGGAAGCUGGCGUUCAAGGAGCAACACAAGCUGGAGAUGAGGAAAGAGAGGGAGAGAUAUGCAGCCCAGACAUCUGGCCUGAAGUCAGAGCUAGAAAGCCUGAAGGGACUUCUACAAACCUACGAGACAUCCAACCAGAGAAAAGAUGAGGUGAUUGUAAACUUGAGCCAGGUGUUGGACAGACAAAAGGAAAAGCUUGAAAAAAUGAAGGCCUUUACCAACUGGAGACUUAGACACACUGAGGCUAAAGAAGAGGCUUUUGCUGCUCAAGCAGCACGGCAGCACUACAAUAUGCAACUGAAGAAGAAGGUGUGGUUAGGCUGGCAUUCUCUGGUCCAGAAACACUGGAAGGUCAGGGUGGAGCGAGCUUGCCGAGCAAGGGCUGAGGAGGUCUGCACCCGCCUGUCUGCGGAGUAUGAGGCCAAGUUGGCAGAGCACUGUGAGACUGUAGAGAGGACCCAGGCAGAGAUUCAGAGACUACGACUAGAGCGAGAACGCUAUGAGGAAUCAAUGAAAAAAGCCUUUAUGAGGGGCGUGUGUGCUCUCAACAUGGAGGCGCUCACCAUGUUUCACACCACAGAGGGACAACCAGAGGAACCUCCAGAGCAUCAGCAUGUAGAUGAGCCUGGCUCUGCUACACUGACUCAUCUUCAACCAUAUCCCAUUUCUUCUACACGGUUCAGUCCAGUCCACUUUGACCGCCUGGACCCUUCCCAUAGCGAAGUGGAGGAUAUGGUGGGCUCUGGAGCCCCUGUGUCCAGGGCAGAGAUACACCCUCCAACCACAAUGGUUCACAGCUCACUUGGGGGCACUGCAAGCUCCCACAAACAGGUCAGUGGUCGUGUCGUCACAGCCAGUCAACAAAAACCCUCAAAGACUGUAACAGCUCGUAUCACUGCGCGCACCGACGUUGGUAAGAUUGCACGCAGCAACCUCCAGGUGAUGGGUGUGGCUCCACCCAUGAGCUCUGUGGUAGUUGAACGCCAUCAUCCAGUUACACAGCUUACUGUCGGUCAGGCCACAGCUGCAAAGUUCCCUCACUCGUCCCAACAGGUCCGCAGCUCCACAAGAGGCAGAAGCCCCUCCAAAACACACACCAGCACAUGCCAUGUCCAUUCCAUUAAAGUAGUUGACUGACCACAUGCACGCUCAGAAAUUGCUCACAAAGUCUUGUUCACCUAGUCUAGAUUGAAAAUGUAGCACAUCCUAUGCAACAGUCAAUUUGCCCUUGCUAACUAGAUUUUAAGUGAACAUUUUAUUGCCAUUUUCAGCUUCAUUUAGCCAUGUGAAAGACAAAUUCCUAGCCAGUAGAAUUUUUCUCAGGGAAGGAUUAGAUAGACAUAGGUGUUAGGACAGCACAUGUACAUGUUUUUUAAUUAUUAGCAGUUGUAUAUUGAGUUUGAUUUCUAUAAAAAGUUGUACUUUAAAUUAUGCACACGUGAGAAUGUACUGAAAUGUGUAAAGCCACAUAUUUGAGAUAUUUUUGUUAUUAAUGCUUUCAGUUGAGGGAGACCAUCCACUUUAGUAAACCAAAGCCUUAUGUAAAUGAUCUGAGGCAUGAUUUCAUUUUGAAAAUAAAUUAUUUUACUGCUUU